GCCAUUGGUAAGCUAUUUUUACUUAGUCAAAUUUUAGUGAAACUUAACAUUUUUAUUGUCUUAUCGACUAUGUACAUCUUUUAUGUGUGGAGUCGCUGUGUUGUUGAAUUGUCUUGGUCGGAGCAGAUUUUAUUGAUUUAGUCACAGAUAACAGGACAGUGUGCAAAGUGAACACAGAUGCAGACCGUAAAGUGUGUGAUCGUGGGGGACACGGCUGCAGACAAAACCAGCCUCCUGAUCAGCUAUACUUGUAGUUGUUUUCCGAGUGAAUACGUCCCCGCUGUGUUUGAUAAUUAUGCGGUCACUGUGAUGGUUGAUGAAAAUCCACUGACCCUGGGACUGUUUAAUACAGCAGGACAGGAGGAUUACGACAGACUUCGACCACUUGCCUACCCACGGACGGAUGUGUUUUUGAUCUGUUUCUCUCUUGUGGAUCCAGACUCAUUUGAGAACGUCUGUGUAAAGUGGUAUCCAGAGGUCAGGCAUUUUUGCCCUGACACUCCGAUCAUUCUAGUCGGGACUAAACUUAAUCUGAGAGAUGACAAGGAGACCAUUGAACAGCUGAAAAAGAACAAACAAACCCCCAUCAGUUACCAUCAAGGCAUGACAGUGGCUAAAGAAAUAGGAGCUGUGAAUUAUCUGGAGUUCUCAGCAUCAACACAGAAGGACGUUAAGACAGUAUUUGAUGAAGCCGCCCGGGCAGCCCUGGAUCCGUCUCAGGAUUCGUGCUUAGUGAAGAAAAAAGGAAAGACAGUGUUUAAUCACCUGAACUGACUGCACCAUCUGCAAUAUGAGCUCACCUGUGAGGAGAAAACAAUGGAGCUUAGGGUGACAGGAAAUGUCAGGAAGUUUGUCAGGGAAGAAAAAAUAUGAGAGGAAAUAACAUAUGUGAGUGUUUGUGUGUUUUGUCAAUUUGGAUCAGCAAUGGAUCACACUUGUAAAUAUUGUAAGUAAAUAUUGGUUUGGUCAAGUAUUUACAGUAUUAGUUUGGAUACCUUUAUGUGAUCAUGUAUAUGUUGAUGCUAUAUAUUGAAAACAUAUGUUGAUGACGUUUGAUUACAUAUAACUUGUUUCUUCAAAAUUCAGUAAUUUUUCAAGAAUGUAUUUGUUAAUAGACCUAGGAAUCAAUGUAACCAUAUUUGUUUGUUUGUUUGUUUGUUUAAAAUAUACUUUUACUUUAGUAAAAUUAGGUUUCAUUAUGUCUUACACCAGUGUGUCCCAGCCCUAUUCCUGGCAGCACACCAACAGUACAAAGAAAGUUUUCCCAGGAAAUGUUCAGCAAUAAAAUGUCAUCCAACACACUUCAGUUGCACUUGGACAUGAGCUACACUUCAG